GUGUUCAGGGGAGGGGGGAGGGGGCUCGGCGAUCGCAUUAUUAUGUUAUUAUUAUUAUUUUCAUAUACACGACAGUAACGAUUACGAAUCGGUAACGCGUCAGCGUAUCGUGCCCGGCACAGACAUUUCACUCGUAUUUGCAGUGUAUAGGUACACUCACCUUAUUAUUACUAUAACGUACAGUAUUAGUAUUAAAUUUAAUUAAAAUUAAUAUAUUAUUGCAAAUAUACCUACCAAUAUACGCACGUAUGUUCGGGCUACCGGGAAUUAUGAGCAAAGGUGUCUCCGGACAGAGCGGCGGCAGCAAUCGGAGUCACAUCUCUAAGAGCAGCAAUAACAGCAACAAGAGUAAAACGCUUACGUAUCUGCUGUGGCUGAUCGGCGGCGUGUGCGGACUGCACCAUUUCUACUUGGGUAGAGACCUGCAAGGCGUGCUUUGGUGGUGCACGUUCGGUGGGUAUUUCGGAUUUGGUUGGCUCAGGGACCUGUUCUAUAUCGGCGAAUACGUGGCCGACGCUAACAAAGACGAGAAAUACAUGAAAAAAGUCGAGUACAUGGUGCGAGUACACGAAAAGCCACCGUUUUCUACGGUUCGAUUCACUGGAAUGGUAGUAGUGGCUUAUCUUUUCAGUACUGUUGUAUCCUUAGCAAUACCUGAGGAUAAUGUUGGAGGUCUUAGUUGGCAAUGGUUACAUGUAUUUACUCCUCUAGCUGCAGCUUUAGGAGUAUGGGCUGUGGGAAAUAUUGGUCAUGAAAAAGGAUCUCUAAAAUGGCCUUUAAUAUGUGCAUAUUUAGUACCUAUGGUUGGUAAUCCAUUGAAAUCAUUUAUUUUUGAUAAAUGGGGCUAUGAUAUUGAUGAAUCUACAUCGUUUGCCAUCAUGAUAUUAUCUGCAGCAUGGUCAUUUGAUCAUUUGGAAAAACGGUGGAGACCAAAAAACCGAAAGACUCCAGGUACUUUAAAGAGAAUUAUGGUUAUCAGUAUGUGUUGUUUAUUAUACAUGGCUUUAUGGAGUAGUUAUUUGUAUUUCAAUGCCAAAGUAACUGAUGAAGAAGGAGAUGAAGUACCAUUCCACGAGGCUUUAGGUCAUUUUUUCAGUUCACCCUGGUGGUUAGAUGUAAAACAAUCAUUUAUUGAUGUAUGGCAAUUUGCUCAAGAACACGGGUGGAUGGAGACUUGGCGGCAAAUAGUUUCAUUGUCUGAUCCUUCGGGUGAACAGAAUGCUUUUAAGGUGUUGGAAUUAAGAUCAGGAGCUACGCAAACUGAAAUAAAAAAUCAAUGUAGAACAUUAGCAGUAAAAUACCACCCAGACAAAGCUAAAGAUGAUGUAACUAAGAAAGAUGUACAAAAUCGAUUCUUUGAAGUACAGCAAGCAUGUGAACUGUUAUCAAAUAGUAGAGCUAAAAGGCGAAGAAGAAAUAAACAAUUUAAUGAAGAACUUUAAGUUGCAAUAUUAUUUUACUUUUGUUAUGUAUCUAUCAUAAAACCAUAAUUAUUUAAAAAAUUACUGUGAUAAAACCAAAUUAAUGUUUACUGCAACAUUAUUUAAGAAUAGCAUUUUUCAUAAAUACUAUUAGUCAAGGUUUUAAAUAUUUAUGUGAUGGAUAAUUUUAAAACAAAAAUUACAAUUUUGAAAUUCUUUAUAUGGUAACUUAACAUUAUACUUUAUAAAGGAAUAUUUUCAUCAGAUUAAUAGUGUUUUAGUUUUAGGAAUAUUCAUUAUCAUUUAUUAUACUAUAACGUUGUCCAAUAAAACACUAGAGUCUAGAAUCACAUUUUAUAAACGCUCAUUGAGUAUAAAUGUAUAAAUUUGUAUGUAAACCAAAUUAAACACCAAUUUUAUAUUUACAUAUUUUGUUAGAAUCAUAAAUGUAAUGUUUUCGAGUUUUCAGUGAGUCUCGAAGUUCCUAUAAAUAAUAAUAAUGUUUAGUUUAUUUUUAAUAUGUAUUUAACUUAUAAUACCAAACUUUAUAAUUUUAUUAUUUGUUUAAAAUUAAAUAAUUUUAAUUUACUA